AUGGUGGUCAACAACGCCGGAGUCCACGCUGUGAUCGAGCACGAUCGGAAUGGUGAAGGAUACCAAAUCUCCUCUGUCCUCCGUGGAGGACAGAUCGCUCGACGAGUCGUUCCCAUGGACACGCUGAUCUCCGUAGACGGAGUUGCAGUCUACGGGCUGCCGAUCGCGCAGGUUAAGAGCAUGAUCCGCGGGCCGGAGGGAAGUGCGAUCCGACUGCUGCUCUCCCGCCCCGGCGUUGGAUCCUUCGAGACGACCAUCUUCAGAACCUCGUCGGAGCUGCAGGACACGCAGCUUUGCCUGCUCCAGGAGAUCAACAGCAUGUUGACAUGCCAAGAUGAUCCUAACGAUCCGGCUUCGGUGUACGAGACCAUGAUACAGAACUCGUGGCGAAACAAAGACAGCAUGGAUGGCAAGAUGUACAUGUCCGUGGUCGAGCUGAUCAGAGAACUGAAGAAGCAACUCAUCAUGGGGGCGUCAGAGAGCGAGAUGAAAGAGACGAUCACGCGGCUGCAGCUCGAGCUCGCCAGUGCAAACCUUACGACAACUCAGAUGAGGAAAGAGAUGAAGGAUCGAGAAUAUCAGGAGAUCGUUCCUGUCACCAUGACGAUCCGCUACCGUCUAGACGAGCUGCAAGAAGACACGGAGCGGCGCCAGGCGUUCAAGCGAGAGCUGCAGGAGGAGAUCAGCAAGGCUUGGAGCUAA